AUGCUGCUCGACCGGAAUUUGCUUUUUAUCGACACCAAAAGACAAUCACUGCCUCUCUCCAACAUCCCACCUGGGCCUAGUGACUCCCCUGAGUCUCCAGCGAAGCAUCUCGACGAACAUCGCCAGAUCCGCCCGGAAAAGGAAAAUCAUCUCAGUGAUCCUACCGCUUGGCAAAAAGCGAAUCUCACACCUCUUUACUCCGGACCUCACCGUUUCUGUCGUCCCCUUGAAGAAACACGAAAGUUGAUCUACCGAUACGAGAGACGCAAGGGAACGAAGGAUUCUAGAAGGGCAACAGGGCUUCGGGGCAUCCUCGAACAUCGCGGUUGGCUUGAUUUCGGCGCUUGUGCUUCGUCGUUCUCAGAAAGCUUCUUUUCCCAAGCGCAGCGCAACCCGCCGCGGGUCGUCGAAUUAAAUCCGCCCAUCCCAGCCUCUGUUUAA